AUAAACUGUCGCUUGUCAUACAAUUUACCACCUUGUCUGAAUCGAUCCUUGACCGACUCGCCCGUCUACAUAUCUAAUUUCUAACAAUAGCAAGAUAAUAUUUAACUUGUUUAGCUGCCGCCUUGCUUUAUCUUUCCACAUAAACUGGCCAUGUGUUUCUAUUACAGCGUUUCUUCAUCCUUUUUACAAUGGUGCCAAUAAACUGCAGAAUGAAGAGUAGGAUGGAGCGAAUGAAUGGAUGGAUGUUCCUGUCAGCCAAUGGGAAACAAGACAUACCCUAAACCCCUCCUAUGUCAGUGAAUGCGGACGUCAGAACCACAAUCAACAGAACCGAUAAUUGUUCCCCUCCAACAGGAUUUAUAUUUCUCAGAGACGUAUCAACAUCAGGUUGGGUUUCCAGGCAAUGCAGUCAGGUGACAUUCAGCCCUUCUCCCUGAGUGCUGCCUGCUCCGAAGAACCUCUCGUCUCACUCACACGGCUCUCCAUCACGUGAUCGGGUCUUUCUCACAGACUGCAAGUGAAGACGGACACAUCGAGGACGCAACUGUGCCCAUCCUCAUCCAAUUCCGAGGACAGAGCAGUGCCACUCACCAGUGCCAUGGCUGGCAUCACUAUCCGAAGAUUUGAGGAAGAUGACAAGGAGACCGUGAAGGAGAUCUUCACCAUGGGGAUGAGCGAGCACGUCCCUUCCUCCUUCAUGCACCUCCUCAAACAGCCCCUGACCCAGAUGAUCCUGAUGGUCACGUUCUGCGCCCUGCUGGCCAGCUCCAAGUCCGUCCUGCUGCCUGUAGUAGGGGUCACUCUCCUCCUGGCCGGGGCCAAGCAGCUGGUGGGCUACCUCUUCAACAGCUACAUCGACACCUCCCUGAGGAAGGACCUCGACCACAUCCAGGAGACCUACCUGGAGAACAAGGACUCGUGUUUCUGGGUGGCUGAGAGCGACGGCCGGGUGGUGGCAACGGUGGCCUGCCUGCCCGCGGAGAGGGAACCAGGCUGCAUGGAGCUAAAGAGGUUGUCUGUACGUCGGACACACCGGAGGAUGGGCAUCGCCAAGGCCCUCAGCAGGACAGUGGCAGACUUCAGCAGGGAGAGGGGCUUCCCUGCGGUCGUCCUCUACACGUCUGUAGUGCAGACUGAUGCACAGAGGCUGUAUGAGAACGUGGGCUACACACGGGUCAGAGAGUUCGUCAUCCCUGAGCCCAUCGCCAAAAUCACCAACUUUACUCUGAUAGAGUUUAAACUGGACUUACUGCAGGGGAGGAAAUAGGAG